AUGAGGCGUAGCGGCCGCCGAAACCGCAGUUACCGCAGGUGGAGGAGGCGUAGGAGCAAGAAGGACGGGGAUAGUAGAGAUAGAGGAAGUGGGGAGAGCAGAAGCAGUAAUAGGGAGGAUUGCGGAAUGGGGAGGAGUAAGAGCGGCAGGAGUAAGAGUAGCAAGAGCAGGAGGUAG